AUGACGGAGAAGGAAUGUGAGCAUCACCACGACGAGGAUGAGAAGACGCGGAGACUUUUAGGAGCUGCGGUGCUUGGCUUUCUCGCAGCUGUCCUUUUCGUGGUUUUCUUGGUAUGGGCCAUACUUCACCCGCACGGACCGCGUUUUGUUCUUCAAGAUGCAACCAUUUACGCGUUCAACGUUUCUCAGCCCAAUUUUCUCACCUCCAAUCUCCAAGUCACUCUCUCUUCUCGAAAUCCUAAUGACAAGAUCGGAAUCUUCUAUGAUCGUCUUGACAUUUACGCUUCCUACCGCAACCAACAGGUGACGUUGGCGACUUUACUGCCGGCGACUUACCAAGGCCACCUUGAUGUGACGGUAUGGUCGCCUUUUCUGUACGGAACAUCGGUGCCGGUGGCGCCGUACUUUUCGCCGGCGUUAAGCCAAGAUCUAAUGGCGGGGAUGGUGCUUCUUAACAUCAAGGUCGAUGGUUGGGUUAGAUGGAAAGUGGGAUCAUGGAUCUCCGGCAGGUACCGCCUCCACGUUAAUUGUCCAGCUUACAUUACUCUCGGCGGACAUUUUACCGGUGACGGUCCAGCCGUUAAGUACCAGCUUGUCCAGCGAUGUGGCGUUGACGUUUAA